CGGGGUGGGGCUGGGGGCCUCUGAGGAGGGUUCGAGCGUGUGUGACCCUGAGUUUGACCGCGUUUGACCGGAUAUUUGAGGUUAUUGAGUGGAGAAACUGGGUGCAGGAUUGUGUAUGGUGCAUUUGAGAGGUAGCUAUACGAGACCAGCAUUGAAGUAAUAACAUUUGAGCCGCACUUUUCUUGUCGAAAGUGCUGAUGCUAACGGUGCCAUCUUCCUGGAGCAUCUGUUUUACUUGAAGAUUUGAAGAGGGGCAGAAAGCUAAGUGGGCCGCUUCCUUGUGCACCCCUGGAAACUGCACCUUCCUCAUCCUUCAGAAGGUCCUGAGGCCCCAGGGCUCAGCCUGAGUUUUCGGAGGGUACUUUGGCCCCAGCAUUAACAUUCUAGUGCUGUGUCAUUUCCCCAGUAACAGGUUGUAGACUGACUAAACUGUAUGUGAUCCUCUGUUGGAGCAAGAAGACAAACUGGAUGGUGGAGAAGGAAGUGGAGAAGAAAUUGUCCAGAAGAAGCCUGAGAAGAUGAUGAGCAGAUAAGAGAGGCAGGAAGACUUGGGAGGCAAGUUGUAUCCACCUCCAGUAAAGUAAAGACUGAAGAAAAAAGGUGUGAAUAGAAGAAAAUUGGAAAAAUACUUUUCUCUGAUCUCAGACUUUGUAUCUUUUAAGGCAAUAUCUUUUUCACCUUACCUAGAAAGAAUUUGAAACAGUUUAGACUUACUUAAUCAUGAGGGACAUUGUGUAGGAAAGAAUCAUCAAUGUUUUUAGUUUGAAAAUCCUAUCACAGCUUACCUUUUAUGGUAAUAACUUUUAAGUGUAAAUCAGUGUGGAAAUGCCUUCAGUUAAAAAAAGUUGAAUCCCAUCUGAUAACAGCAUUUGUACUGGAUUAGAAACUCUAUGAAUUUACUGAAUGUGGAAAAACUUUCAUUCACGUGUCACUCUUCAGUAGAUGUAGAAAUCAGGCUGGAGAGAAACCCUGUGCUUCUGAGGAAAAUUGAAAAGCCUUUAGCUAGAUGACAAAUCUUACUGAGCAGAAGAAAAUUUAUACUGGGUAGAAACCAGUGAAUGUAACAAAACUUGAGUAUUAGAAAAUUUACACUUAGAGAAACCUUUGAACUGAGUAUGAUAAAGUUUUCUCUCGAACCUUAUCCCUUACUUUACCUUCGAAAGGUCACUCACAGGUUCUUCAGAUGUAAGAAAUGUGGAAAUACCUUCAGCCAAAAGUAAAUCCUCAUUCAUUAAAAAAUUCAUACCGGAGAAAAAUCUUGUGAAUGUGGGAAAGCUUCCAUUCAGAUGUCACACCUCAGUCAGCAGAAAAUUUGUAGCGGGGAAAACCCCUUUGCCUGCAAGGUAUGUGGGAAAGUCUUCAGCCACAAAUCAAAUCUCACUGAGCAUGAGCAUUUUCAUAAUAGAGAGAAACCUUUUGAAUGUAAUGAAUGUGGAAAAGCCUUCAGCCAAAAGCAGUAUGUCAUUAAACAUCAGAACACCCAUACUGGAGAGAAGCUUUUUGAAUGUAAUGAAUGUGGAAAAUCCUUCAGCCAGAAGGAGAACCUCCUUACGCAUCAGAAAAUUCACACUGGAGAGAAACCUUUUGAGUGUAAAGAUUGUGGGAAAGCUUUCAUUCAGAAGUCAAACCUCAUCAGACACCAGAGAACUCAUACAGGAGAGAAGCCCUUUGUAUGUAAGGAGUGUGGGAAAACCUUCAGUGGCAAAUCAAACCUUACUGAGCAUGAGAAAAUUCAUAUUGGAGAGAAACCCUUUAAAUGUAAUGAAUGUGGAACAGCUUUUGGCCAGAAGAAGUACCUCAUAAAACAUCAAAACAUUCACACUGGAGAGAAACCCUAUGAAUGUAAUGAAUGUGGAAAAGCCUUCUCUCAACGAACGUCACUUAUUGUACAUGUGAGAAUUCAUUCAGGUGAUAAGCCUUAUGAAUGCAAUGUAUGUGGGAAAGCUUUCUCUCAGAGUUCAUCUCUUACUGUGCAUGCGAGAAGCCAUACAGGUGAGAAGCCCUAUGGAUGUAAUGAAUGUGGGAAAGCUUUCUCUCAAUUCUCAACCCUUGCUUUACAUUUGAGAAUACACACAGGUAAGAAGCCGUAUCAAUGUAGUGAAUGUGGGAAAGCUUUCAGCCAGAAGUCACAUCACAUUAGACACCAGAAAAUUCAUACUCAUUAAAAACUCUGUGAAUAUCUUGAAAAUUGAAAAGCAUUCAUGAGGAAUUUACACCUCAUAAGACAGAAAUAAUUCUGAAGCAAAGUCACAAAUGACACAAAAGUUAAAAACUUAUUGGACACCAGAGAAAUUAUACUGAAGAGAAAAAAAGACAUUGUAUUAUAAAAAUCCUGUGCCCAACAAAAAACCUACAGCAAAGGUAAUGCCGAAACUCUUAGACACAUUUCCACUAAAUUGGGAAUGGGAAACAUGUUUGCUAUCAUUGCUGUCUGCAUAGAUCUGGAGAUUGUCACCAAUAUAAUAAGAAAAAUAAGUUUUAAGUAUUGUAAAGGAAAAGACUUUUGUGGUAUUAAUUUAGAACAAAAGAGAUUCUGGAAGCAUCUAUGCAUUUAUUAGAAUUUAGGAUAGAAAUGUCAUCAGGAGGUGAGAAGAAAAUGGGACUAUUUUAAAAAUGAUUUGGAGCUAAUUUGUCCUCCAAGGAAAAAAAAGAGACCAUGAACUAUAUACAAAGGUAAGAUCCAUGGGGAUUAAAAACAGGGAUAUGAAAAAGAUAUAUACUAAAAAUGGUUAUGACCUUGGGAGUAAGGAAACAUUCCUUAUAAUGAAUUGAAAAAUAGCAAUUUUACUCUGAGUUUGUAUGCUCAGGAAAUAUGUACCGGGCUAUUUACUGUGGCAUGAUUUGUAGUAGCCAUAAAUUGGAAACAACUUAAAUGCCCAUCAUGAAUAUAAUGGGAAAUGUUUAUGAUGGGAUAUUGUAUAUCUGUAAAAUGUAACAAAUGAGGUCUGCAUGUAUUACAGAGAAAGAUCUCAAAAAUGUUAAGAGGGAAGAAAUGAAGUUGUAGUAUGACCCAUCUAAUACCAUGACAUUUUUGUAAAUUUGAAUUAAACUUGCCUCACAAAAUGCAGUACUAUAUAUCAGUAAUGGAUACAUAUAUGUGUGUAUGUUUUUAAAAUGAUUUUGAAAUGGAAGGAUACAGACCAAAUUCUUGAUAGAGGUUGCCUGUGAAGAAUGGAGAAGGGAAGGGAUGAGUGUGGGAGGGGUGGACUGGGGAUUGGAUAAAGGGGAUUUCAUUUUUAUAUGUAAACAUCCAUUUCUCUUAAACACAAAAGAGACUAAGUAAAUAUAUAUAUCAAAAUAUUGGAUAGUUCUGGAUUGUGGUAUAUGGAUAUCUUGUCUUAUUUUUUGUACUUUUCUGUAUUUUUAAAUUUUCUCUAAGAAUGGGGGUGAGGAUGGGAAUGCUGUACCUAUAGAAAUGUUGCUCAAAUGGAUUCAUUCCCAAUGAAAUACUAAACUUUUUAUAGAAAAUAUUUCUAAAAUUUUAUCAAUGAGUGGAUGGACUUGUUCUCUAUGUAGUAUGAAAUUAUCUAUUUUAUUAAAAUUAAAAGUGACAGUAUAAUCCAAA